AUGCUCUUCAUGGGCAGCACAAAAUACCCAGAUGAAAACGAAUAUGAAGCGUACCUCACAAAGCAUGGGGGCUUCUCUAAUGCCUACACAGAGUCGGAGCACACGGUCUUCCACUUCGAUGUCGAUCCAGAUGCUCUGCAUGGCACUUUGGAUCGCUUCGCCAUGUUUUUUGUGAGCCCUCUUUGCCUGGAGGACUCCAUGGAACGGGAAGUGAUGGCAGUUGACAGUGAGUUUGUAGAAGCUCUCCAAGAUGACGAGUGCAGAUUGAACCAGCUCAUGUGCCACACGGCUCGGCCAGGUCAUAUGUACCAAAAGUUUACGUGGGGAAACAAGGCGAGUCUGAUGGACAUCCCACAGGAGAGUGGACUCCAUGUUCGAGACGAGCUUCUGAAGUUCUACAAGUCAAACUACAGUGCUGAACGAAUGCGAUUGGCAGUUUUGGGUGGAGAACCUCUAGACACACUUGAGGAGUGGGUGAGGACUAUGUUCAGUGUGGUUCCAUCUGGCCUGGGGCCAGAACAAAACUUUGCCUCAGCAGGGUUUCCUUUUGAGGGGCAGAUGUUGUACCUUCUGGCAUCUGUGAAAGGGCUGCACAGAGUGACAGUCAGCUUCCAGCUUCCAUGCCUGGAGAAGCUUUACCACAAGAAAGCAGAGGACUACAUAUCACAUUUGGUCGGCCAUGAAGGACCAGGCUCACUGCUGUCUGCCUUGAAGUCCAUGGGCUGGGCAACAGGUGUUGCUGCUGGCAUUGAGGACUCGUCCUUCAGCAUGAACAGCUGCGUUUACAUCUUCACUGUGGACAUGACACUCACAGAGGCAGGGCUGACAGCUGGACCAGGUUACGGCCUGGCAGCUGUGCAACUCCUGUUCCAAUACCUUAAAAUGAUAAGGGAUGCGAAGGCCCAGCGCUGGGUGUACAAUGAGCUCAGGGCCAUUGGGGAAAUGAAGUUCAGGUUUUCUGAGGAGGAGGAUGCAGCAUCAUACGUUACCAAGCUGGCAACGGGACUCUUCAUCUAUGAGCCCCAACAUGUGUUGGUGGCAAGCCGCCUUUAUGAUGACUGGGACCCAGGCCUGGUAGAAGACCUUCUGAACAUGAUGACCCCCUCAGCCGAGGGCCUGCGCAUUGACCUUCAGACGAAACACUUUCAACAGAUGAAGGAGAAGCUUCUGAAGGAAAAAGCAGAUGUUCUUUGUGAAACAGACCCCUGGUUUGGCUUUGAGUAUUUGGCAGUUGCCAUUGAUGAGAAGAUGCAGGAAGCCCUGUCCAGCGUUUCAGGCUCGGAAGCCAUUCAGUUUCCACCAAAGAACCCAUAUAUGGCAGAGGACUUCAGUGUGAAGGCAAAGGGCCUCUCAACAACACAGGCACCAGAUAGGAGCACUGCUGGAGACGAGCAAGGGCAGAAUGGUGCUGAGAAGGGGGCAACUGGCAAGAACAUGUCAACAGACAUCGACGAUGUACCGAGAGAUGCAGGGGACUCUGGCAUUGUGCCAGAGGCUAUGAUGCCGGAGCUGCUCCUUGACGAGCCUGGCCUGAGAGUCUGGCACAAACUUGACACCAUCCAUUUGCUGCCACGGACAAGCACAUACUUUCGUUUGUCAUCACCCGCCACAUAUGGGCCCCCAAGAGCGUAUGCCCUCACCCACAUGAUGGUGGCCCUCUUGGAAGAUGCCCUGAAUGAAGAGGCCUAUUUGGCAGACGUUGCUGGUCUGUACUGUGGCUUAGGCCCUGAGGGCCGUUUGGGAGUGGAAGUCCUUGUAUCAGGUUUCAGCGACAAGCUGCACCUCUUGAUCCAUCGUGUGUUUGAGACGAUGACAAAUUUUAAGAUCGAGGCCAAAUCGUUCUCGAAUGUGCAUGAAAUGGUUGUCAGGAAGUAUCAAAAUGCACAUGUGAAGAGUGCAAAGCAUGCUCAUUAUCUCCGGCUUUUGAUCUUGUCUCCUCUCUCCGUCCAAAAUGGCGAAAUUCUGCAGGAGCUGUCCAAGUUGCAGCCACAAGAUGUCAUGGGAUUCGUUACUGAAUUUCUGAGCAAGAUACACGUCGAGGUCCUGGUGCAUGGCAACCACACUGCAGAAGAGGCGUUGGCACUGGCCAGGAACGCUCGCUCUCAGCUGGGUACAGGUAUACUGGAAGCAAAGGACAGGGAAGCUACUCAAUGCCUGAAGCUGCCUGAGGGGAAGCUGCUUCUACACAGGGCGAGGGCAAAAAACCUGGAAGAGCAGAACAGUGCCAUAGAAGUAUACUUUCAGGGUAACAUAGACGAAGUACGGGAGCGUGUGCUGGCCGGCAUGGUGGAACAACUUACUGCAGAGCCAUGUUUCAACAUCUUGAGAACGAAGGAACAACUGGGCUACAGUGUGAACAGCCAAAUCAAGGCCACACACGGGGUGGUUGGAUUUGCAUUUUCGCUGUCAUCAGGGAAAUACCCUCCUUCAUACAUCGAGAAGAGAAUUGAUUCUUUCUUGGAAGCGUUUGAGAAAGAACUGGACGCCAUGCCGGCUGAGGAGUUCGAGCACCACAGGACGGCUUUUAUCUCCGAACAGCUGCGGAAGGCCAACAACCUUUGGGAGGAGAGCUCGUGGAUGUGGGAGCCAGUGCUGAAUCAGCGGUACGUGUUUGGAAGCCGCUUCCGCGAGGUUCAGGAGCUGAGGAAGGUGACCAAGCGUGACGUGCAGGAUUGGUACGCGCGGCACCUUUCCCCACACUCCAAACAAAGACGCAAGCUCGCCAUUCACGUCGUGUCCGUGUCCCACUGGGAGGCCGACGCCUCUCCAGACGGGGAUGACGAUUCGGGAGCAACCAACGCCGAUGCCGAGGUUGACGAAGUGACGGACGUGGAGGCCUUCCGCCAAUCGAUGCCUGUCUUCCCGUCGGUCGUUUGCAACGCCAGGCUGGCGGGAUCGGGGUGGAUAGAUCGGACAUCCCAGCUGACCAGUUAG